UGACGAUGCUGUAUUCCGGUCAUCAUGAAACACUGGGAAACCGUGUUACAGUGUUUAUUUGCAAUAAUUUACCAUGGCACAACUGCUUUACAAAUGAAAACUAUUUACUGCACAAUAUCCGAGAGCUGCGAGUGUGAUUUUAAACCAGAUGUACAAGGUUUGGAGUGGGACCUCUACAAAAACCUGUAUGGGCAGCACCUCGCACAGGAAAUUGUGUCUGAAGCAGUGGUCGGUUUCUUGCAGAAGGAUAGUCCUGAUAAGCCGCUGGUAUUGUCUUUUCAUGGGGCUUCUGGGACAGGCAAAACAUUUGUCAGCUCUAUACUGGGCAGACACUUAUAUGGAGCAGCAAUGAGCAGCCCCUACAUCCACCAGUUCAUCCCAACCUUGCACUUUCCCCUGCUGGACCGGGUCCAGGAAUAUAGGUCUGCUCUAAAACGCUGGGUGGAGGGAAAUCUUACAGCCUGCGCUCGCUCUAUAUUCAUCUUUGAUGAAAUGGAGAGGAUGCCUCCUGGUGUGACUGAUGUCCUAGUUCCAUUCCUGGGCCCCUCACAUGUCAUGUUCCGGACCAACUAUCGCAAGGCCAUUUACAUAUUCAUCAGCACUGCUGGACAGGAGGUCAUAAACAAACUGGUGCUGGAGACAAGGCAGGCAGGAAAGGAACGAGAGGAUAUUCAGCUCAGGGACUUGGAUGCUUCCCUGGCGCAGGCAGUGUUCAACACCAAAAACAGUGGAUUCUUCCAGUCAAGGAUCAUUUCUGAAAAGUUGGUUACUUGCUUGGUUCCCUUCUUGCCUCUGAGCCGGCGGCAUGUGAAUCGGUGUACCCGCCGGGAGCUGUGCCAGCGCGGGGAAUGCCACCGCAGGGACAUUGUGGAGGCAGUGGAGAGUUCACUGGCCUACACCCCGGAGGAUGGACAAUUCUUCUCCAACACUGGCUGCAAAAUGAUCCCAGCCAAAGUGAACUUCUUCCUAUGACCCUGACCCAGUGAUGCAAACUAUUUUUCACCAAGAUCACGUGGGGUCCACUGGAUAUGGUUUGGGGUCUCCGAUACUUUAAUUGCUGACCUGGAGCCUAUGAUUGGAUGCAAAUUUACCUCAUUAACACCUAGAGCAAUAAUGGAAGGUUAAUUGGCUGGCUUUAUGUGGGUAUAUGCAGUGCAAUCUGUAAGUGCUUAGGCACUGGUACAAUUUCUGUACUUUUGCCUCGGUACUCCAGCACAUUGGAUUUCAAAUGCAACAGUGAACAUGGUGUUAAAGUGCAGAUUGUCACCUUUAUUUUGAGGGUAUUUACAUCCAUAUUGGGUGAUCAAUGUAGAAGGCAUUUGAUUGAACUCAAUCAAAUACAGAAGCAGUAUGUAUACUUCAGAAUAAAUUCUGCUCUUUCUGGUCUAUCAGA